AUGACGAAACCUCUGAUUUUAAUCAUAAUUUUAUUUGUCAAUUUUAUUUUGGUUAGUUCUGAAAACGACAUACAUGUUUUCAAUGACCCUGAAGUUACACAUCCAACCGAUGAAGCAGUUGCAGACAUUUUUGAUUUAAUGAUUGUUAUCAUUCUUUAUUUUAUAUCCGAAAAAAUUCCUUUAGGAAUUGCAGCGGCAAUUUUAAAUUUUAUGUCACAGCUUUUUGCGUCUGCAUUAUCUUAUUAUUUUAUUAUAAGGGCAUAUAAAACAACAAGCGAAUAUUUUUUUAUUCAAUAUCUUAUCACAUUUUCAGUUCUUACAUUGUUUAUUAUUCCUAAUAGUUUUAUUGAUUAUUGGGUUGUAUUACUGCCCUCACUUAUUUUUAUAAUGUUUACAAUAAUUGAAACAAUUUGUGCACUGAUUUAUGAAAAUGACGAAGUAACGGAACUAAAAAAUUUAGAAAAACGUGUAAAUGCAUUAGAAAAUUUAGAAAAACAUUUAUAUAUAUUAAAAUCUCCACAAGAAACUUAA